AUGAAGACCACCAUCAUUUUGUUCCUGGGCAUCCUGGCCCUGUGUGCCCAGCUGCAGGCAGCCCCUGCGACUGCUAGGGACAAUGCGAAAGCCGGCGUGUGCCCGAGCCCGGCGAUGGAUGCGGUGAACUGCACGGUCGGGUGCCAGUCCGAUGGCGACUGCGAGAGCACCCUCAAGUGCUGCCCGGCAGCCUGCGGCAAGGCCUGCCAGAAGCCUGACGAGAAGCCUGGCACCUGCCCACCCGUCAACCCGGGCAUCCCCAUGCUGGGCGUCUGCACCAACCAGUGCAAGACCGACGCCAACUGCUCUGGGAUCCAGAAGUGUUGCAGGAAUGGCUGCGGCAAGGUCUCCUGUGUGACACCCAUCCACUGAGGUGCAGCCGCCUCCUGCCAGCCCAGCCACGGGGAAGCUGCUGCCCGAUGCCCAUCCUGGAUGCCCUGGCCCUGCACCAUCACCCCCUGUCUUGGAGCCUUCAGCCUCAGUUUUGUCCCUGGGGUUCUCUGCUCGGGGUGAGCCCCCUGCACUCUGCACCAAUAAAGCAGCUUCUCCCUGUCA